AGCAACGAUUCUUGGUUCAAAAAUCACCCGUGUUUCUUUCAUCAAUUAAUUAAGCAAGUGAGAUUACAAGGGACUUAUAUUGCAUUCAUCACGCGAAACGCUUUCUGGGGAUCUUGAAUGGCGCGGAACAGGCGGAAUGCUCUCCCUGUGAUCUUAGAACCCAUUUCACAUCCCGCAGAGCAUAUCGCACAUACGCUCGAAGAAGAAACACGUCGCAGACAUUCAACCGGCAAUGCCAUGCCAUCUCCUGAGGUUAGUAAGACUAAAUUAAGUUAACGUUUAUAAGAAAGGAUGUGUCUCCACUUCCCGUAUUGUAUAAAUCAUUGAUCGAGUAUAGGCGUUUGUUAAUUUGUUUCACGAUGCGGACCAAAUCGACUGUAGUCUAUAGACUGAUGUAUUCCAAAUGAGACAUAUCAUCAGCGGAUACAUAGACUAUCUUGAAGACUAUUAACCUCAACUGACUAAUUACCUUAGCAGUAAGAAUUUUUGAUUGUACAAUGCUUUUUGUUUUGUCAUUUAUCUCGAAAUUCCACGACAUUGUUUCCCUGCCUGCUGCUUGUUCAUUCCAGGCAUGAUUUUCUUUUGACUAAUAGUUUUGGGAUUACGUUUUCAAUAACUUUCUUUAGAUUGACACCUUUUUGAGAAAUAUUUCACGCAGUUAAUUACUUAUUAAUUGCCUUUGUUAUUUGUUCCUUCCAUUAACAGCCAAAAAAUUCUUUCAUUUAGUGUGACGGUACUUUGUCGUUGACAGGAAGAAAGAGAUUUAUCUAAGCACACGCUUUCUUCGCCUUAGAUUUACAUAUAUCGUGCAUCAACUGUUUCUACUGUACGCACUGACUGUCUUCAGCUUAACGAGUCGUUUAUAAGGAAUGUUUAAAGUAAAUUCACUGAUCAGAUAUUUCAGAGACGGUUUAGACUACUGCAGAAUAUCUUUUUCCAUUUUUGGUUCUUCCGUAAGACGACCUCUCCAAUAACUGACCUUAUCAACACAAAGAUCAUAAAAAAAUAUUGUCCAUAUUCCAACGCAGCAGGGGAGGAAAUUUUUCCCUCUUACUUCGCUUCCUUUCUUUGCUCUUUUAUAUUACGUCACCUUUUGCGUGCUGAGUUAUGAAGUGUCGGGUAAAUAUGGAUACAGAAGAAUCUUUUUCUCUCUUAUUUAUAUCAACUUAUGACAUAACUGAGGCAUCUUACUCGAUCUUAAAUGUAAACACAAAACCCAGUGAUGGAUUUUUUAACUGUCGCGUGAUGCUGCGAUGUCAACAUAGCAUAAUCCACUUGUCGACUUAACCGCAACAGUUAUUCGAAAACAGCUUUUUGUUCUCUCUCGUGCUUAAACUUGUAAACUGUAACUGAAAAGGUGAACCUAGAGUUAAAUUGGAAACGAAGUAAAAUUCAUUGGUUUCUUAAAACGCUGUUUUGCACAAUCCAGGAAAAUGCGCCGUGAACUGAAUCGAAGGUUUGUGGCAGUCUUUUGUUGUGUUCGAUCGUUAACACCACUGAUGUAUGACCCACACAAAUGACUUCUCUACCUUUCUGUCCGCCUACACUGAUCCCACGCUAUGUUCGUCUCCCAGCUCUACCAAAAAAGCUGCCAAAAUCAUAGCUCUCCUAGAAAGCUUUCAAUUUUAAGCUUUUUUGGCAAUCCCACAAGUAAAGGAAAUUUAUGAUUCCCUGGGGAAGAAGUUUUUGAAUGUUAACCGAUUCAUUAAUUGUAGAGUCAUGUUAAAAAAGAUAAUGUGAAAUCAUUUCUGAACCGGCAAAUUUUGUUUGAGAAAGAUCAUAUCCAAGCUAACAACAUAACGGAUUUUAGAUUCCACGAAGCUCAGGAUAAUAUUAAUGCUUUUGUAUACUGAAACAUUAACGGUAUUGGUUUGAUAUUGCAGUUCUUUGUAUGAGCAAAAUCAAACAAAAACAUACGUAAAAACAUUAUGACUUCGCCGUCAAUCGUGUUUAGCACGAAGUGCCAACUUGCUGUGGAGACUUGAUUGUUUUCAAACGUAACAGCUGUGUCACGGCUUCUUUUAGCUCGGUUCUAGUUCAUUAUCUUAUAAAGCUUUAGGUUUUAAAACAAGGACCGACUGACGAGAACGAGAUUUUCCCAAUAGAAUGAAGUAGAGCGAGCACGUAAACCAACGUCAUUUUGGCGGGAAGAUGUUUAGCCAUCGUCAUUCUACUACGAGUUUUAGUGAGAAGGUCGUAGACUCUUAGUGGUGAAAACAAGUUAUCAAAUGUUAGAAAUUUUAUAACUUUGUAGCAUCGGGAGAGGGCUUUACCUCCUUCAACGGAAAUAAGCGUAUUAACAUUUGUGGUGAAAAAAAGUACAAUGAGGCUUUCCGGGGUGUCUAUUUUUAGAGAAUAGUCGAGAAAACGUGUCGCCCUCGAAUCUAAAGCUCUCUAUUGGUCCCGGUACUUAAUAUUAGCGACGAAAUUGCUGGCUAAUUAAAAAUUCACAGCUUCAUUUCAAACUAAUCUGUCUCCCAAGCAUUAAAGUAUAAAACGUUACAGACAGCUAAAAUAUACUUUGAAAUACUGCCAGGCUCGAGAGAACAAGUUUAAAAACUUCAAGUGCAAUCCGUUUUAAUCUUCUUCAAGUUGGUCCCCGGUCAGUACCUUCUUUUGUACUCUGUGUUAUUUAAACCUACUUUUGAUGUUUUGAGCUGUUAUUUCUUUGUUUCACUCAAUUUGGAGGCAGCUCCAACUGCUUCAAUUUUGAAGAAUUUCUAGACUGCGAGCAGUCUCUUAUUUUUCUAAACUUUUAACUGCACGAGAAACCCAAGCACGCGAGCCGCGAUAAACGAGGGCGUAAGCCCGAGAAGGAAAAAUCUCGUGAUGACACACUGACUCCUUUACGAUGAACAACGGGGACAAUAACAACAAAUGAACAGGUUUUAAUAAAGUUUAACCACAAUUUGCGCGAGCGUCACAAUUUUUGGUUCAUCUUUAUUGCCGCCACCGCAAUGACGACGACAUGAAGUUUCCGGAUGCGUCGUUACAUCUUAACAGAGGAAGUGAAAACACAAGACGUCGAAUUUUCUUUCUUUUAAUAUCUGUUUGGUACGGUCUUAUAAUUCCAAUUAUAGGAAAAUUCGGCUACGUUUGACAAAUUGAGUUCGAAUAAAAUCGAUAAGGCUGAAAAGAACGCGAAAUCACUGCACAAGAAACGGUUUCCGCUGUCGUCGCCGUUUCGUAUACCUUAUUACAAGAAAUUUAGGGACACGUUAAUGUAGCGAUUUUGAAAAAACCCUUUUUAGCUGCACCUCAAUUUUUUCGUAAAUUUUUGGAGCACAAGUCUCUUAAUUUUCGCGAUUUUACGAACUGAAUUAAACUUUGGCGCAUUAAAUAAAGACGACAAAUAGAACAUCUAUGUGAUAACAUCAUAAACGUCAAUAACUUCAUUUAAAUCAAAAUCAUACAACGUUCUUUGUGAAAGUGACCAGAUGGCGGAAUUUCGUAUUGUACUCAGUUUGAUUUAGAGGGGAUUUAAAUUUGGGACUGGGUAUUUUGCGAGUUGCGAGUUACGAGGUGCGAGGUGCGAGGUGCGAGGUGCGAGUAAUGGAAAGUUGACAAACUGCAGUCUGUCUUUUCAGUCAAUCCGUUUCGAAAGUUUGUUGCUUCGUAAAACGUGAGGUACAUCUAGCUUGUGACUAGGAAAUAAGAAGCUGUCAAACGAUCACGUACUUGCCGUCCGACAAGAUAAAAAGUUCAAAAACAGAGCUGACGCUUUCUGUAGUUGGGCGUCAGGCGUAAGACGUUCAGCAUCAUGAUUCUUUUCUCGCGAUGAGGGAAUGAUGAAUGCUGACUUCGCGUUAAAUCUAGUGACCGGUAAGGGAUCGAAUGCCUGGGUACUAAACGGGAUAUACCUGAAAAUUUUAAUAACCACUUAUAUUAACCACGCUUUUUUUUUCUUUUGCUAAAACCUCUCAGUUAUAUACUCUGCCAUCUGCGCCUGCUACAUUUUCUGCCCUAUAUCCAAAGGGCUUUACUAUUGUCCGGCUUGCGCCAUUGUUAUAAUUAGCAUUUACUGUGACAGUGUGUGUGUGUUACGACUCUUUGGUCUCCUUGCUGGCUCGCUCUCAACCAAACUGUUAUGAUUGGAAUCCAUUAUUCCAUAUUUGAUAAGAACAAAUGAAUCACCGCACUGCACUUCACUGAAUAACAAGAACAUUUAUUGGCGUUUAGUAAAAGAAAAACACAUAUUGUUAAACUAAGAAUAUUGAAACAAUAGGGAAACUCGAAAAUGCUGGCAAGGAUAACAGAAAAAAAGGAGAGAGUAUCGUAAAAAAUCCGCGAAAUAUUCCGUAAGUGCUCGCGACUCUAUAAAGUGUUUUCGCAGCGGCUGUGUUGGAGAAUUAAAAUAAUAAAAAAUAUUUCCAUAAAAAUGAAUUUUACAAUAAAUCGGAGCGAUUUUCAACCUCAAUAAAGAAUUAAAACUCUAACAAUCGACAUGUGGUGGGUGAUUACCAUAAGCAAUUCAACAAAAUAUCAGCGAUUAUUUUAUCUCAGAACUUCUCAGAGGGUGAUUCACUUUAGCAAGCAAAUUUUAAGCUCUAUUAAUAGUAUAUAAACAACAACGACGAAGAAGAAUCUUAACAAAAAUUAUUCGUAGUAUGAGCAGAUAACCUCCGUUUGCAUUGUACACUUAAUGUCAGAUCCCAAGGGAAACAGUUAGUUUUGUUUUCCGAGAGUCCUGAUGUUUCACGAGACGAAGUCGAGGGAAACAUCAGGACUCGAGGGAAAACAAAACUGACUGGUUUCCCAAGGGAUCUGACAUUAAGUGUUUUGUUAUAUUUCUAGAACUUUCACUUCAACAGCAACAAAAGAAUAACCGGAGCGAACGAAAACGAACCAAAACAGUCGACUCGAUACUUAUAACAACACAAAUUUAAUUCUCAAAACCAGUGACUGAAUGAUUUACAAACAAAAGUACUUUCCUUAUAUCAUCUGCAUCUUUUUCCUCCACUAGCUGCUGUUUUUCUUCUGGGAGCUUCUGGCAUAACUUUUUCGAGGCUCCGUGAUUGUAUUGUUGUGUUCAUUCACGAAAAAGAAAACCGGCAGGACCUGGCGGUGUUAGUCUGAGUAUCAGGCCUUCCUUCCAUCUUUCUCCUUUUCCCCAGAAACGCCUGAUACUCAGGCUAGGCGGUGUUUUUCCCGACUUCUGUCACGCCACUUUCCACCAUGCUUUGAUCACGUGCUGCAAUGUAUCCCGAGCGGGAUACAUCAGAGGAAAAAUAAGACGCGAACUUUCUGUAAAAACGGCACAUUUCGUCUAAAAUAAGACGCGUCUUAGAGCGGUUUUCACUUGACUGUCGAAAGGGAUUGGUUUUGGUUUUGGUUUUGGUUUUACUACGCCCUUUGGUUGGCUAGUGUAUUUACUUUGGUUUUGGUUUUACGACAGUCAAGUGAAAACCGCUCUAUUAGAUAAGACAUGCUCGUAUAAAUGGUACAGUUCGCGUCUUAUUUAAGACGCGUCUUAUUUUUCCUCGUAUAAAUGGCCCUAAUAUGUUAUGUCGUACAGCUAAAUCAACAGAGAUCGUAGUUCAUAAAGUCACGACACUUUUAACGUCCGAUUGUCGACUAAAACGUUGAGACAAGGAGAACUCGUUAUUUAGCUCGGAUAACCUUCAAGCUUUUUCAGUUCGUCUGUUUUCAAAAUUUAAACUUACUGUCUGAAAGUUGUUUCAGGUCCAGGGCGGUCGGACCAAGUACGUGAUCGUUCGACAGCGUUUUAUUUAGUCGCAAGAUGUACCUUUUAAUUUCUUUAAAUUGACUGAAUAGACAGACAGAAGCUGAGCUCGUCAAUUUUUCUUUAAUCGAAACUCCACAACUCGCAUUCCACGCACACCUAUUUCUUACAUCAAUACACUGAUGUAUUUCUUUGAGCUUUGUUAUUUUUCGCUCACAAUUCCGAAAAAGCUUAUCAGAAUAUCUCCUCUUGGAAACGUGACCUUGACUAGAUUUUUACUCCAGUUUGUUGUCUUCCUUUGCCCACUUUAUAUUGAAUCCCGGAACUGAACUAUUGGAGUGUUUUAAUUAUUUAUUCAGAAUAUUUUUCCUUUUUUGAUUGCCAUAAAUACCUUGUCUAAUUCUGGCCGGGGGAGAAGCACGGCGCGGUGGCUCAGCUGUUUCGGCAGUGUGGAACUGGGUCCGAAUGCAUAAAAGCUGAUACGUACGACGUUAGACGUAUGUUUGACGUUGUUAGGAACCUGUAGUGUCAUCUACGCCUGACUUACGCCAGGCGUUGACGAAGGUUGCACCAAGAACACGUUCCGGCGGGCACCAUCGGUUGCAGUAUAUUUGUGAAGUUUUAUUUUUACAUAUUUUUGAGUCCUAAUUUCGUCCUCGUUUCAAAAUGGCACAAAACGUAAUAAGCACCAAGAGAAAAUGAUAGUCACGGGUGCGGUGUAACUCCGUUUAUGCAACCGGCCUCUGGAAAAAAUGGAGCAGUACAUUGAACACGUUAUGCGAAUACUCUUCUAGAUCAGAAUAAACAUCCCUUCAUAUCCGUUGAACUGUUCUGUUCUGAACUGUUCAUAGAGGUAAGCAUGUUUAGAGGUCGGAGAUAGUUUGAAUGAAUAAUAAACAGUUAUUGGAAUGGGUUCGGUUUUUUUUUUUUAGCUUGGCUGACUUAGCUUAGUUUAUUAAUUGGCUAACUUCGCUCCUACUGAGCAAGUACGACACUUCUUAUUAUAUUAUGCUCAAGGACUUAGAACUGGACUGAAGAAAUAAAAGAGCAGACCUUAUUUAUUUAUUUAUUUAUUUAUUUAUUUAUUUUUGUCAUCCCAGUUCCCAAACUCUUUCAGGAAGAAUUGGGAAAAGCGGCACUUCUGAGCUAGCUUGUUAAAACUUCGAUUCAUAAACUAAAACUGAGAUCUUUGUAGCCCGUUCCAGGCCUGUCUCACCUCGUUUUCCCAACUCCACGCUCUACUAUCUGAGCUCGCCUAGAAUAGGCUAAGAUCUUUAGGCUUCUUUUGACGAAUUUAGUAACAAGAUGUUCACGCUAAGAAGUCUGGAAGUUUUCAACUUUCCAGGAUCACUUCAAAAUGUGAUUUAACGUCAUGUUCGUGGUGACAUAAUUAUGUAAACUGAAACUAAAGACCUACAAAGUAAUAAACGGAGAUAGACAUAUAAAAUAAACAUUUCUAAAUUUUUACUGAAGUGGAAUACAUAAAAUUUUAUCAUUAGCUCGGUCCACACUGUAUAAGAAAGCUGAAGCUAUUUCAUUUUCAAUAAACAUCUUGUCGAUAAAUUAAACAACGAAAUAAGUCAUAUCUUCAAAUAAUAUUAACUUUCAAAUGCUAAUGAUUGUGAGGUGGCGUCUUUGUUUCCAAGCUAAAAACAUAUUUGCAAUAAAAUAUGAAAAAAAUAUGUAACUAUGACGAACUGCGUAGCAUCCGAAAUGAAAUCAAACUAUCGCAUAUUACUUAUUUAAUUGGCUUACCAUGAUUUGAAGUCUCAAACCGAAUUUUCAUGUGCUUUAUGAAACAGAGUAAAGAAAGAAAACUGAGAAUAUAACUUGUAUUGCAGCUGUUUUUAAAGGCAGAAUAUUUGCAUAUCUCUCACCCAUACUUCUGAAGAUAGAAAAUAAAUUACACUUUUGAGUAACAAAUUAAGCGAUAGGAUGCUUAGGAAAUGGAGAUUAAUCAACUUAAAAGUUUGAAGUGCAAAGAAUAAAUUUGAAUAUAUAAAAAAAUAAUUGUUUUGAAACGUUUGCUGACAAAACGCCUUCCCGUUAAGUGAACCGUGGCAAAAUGCAAUAUUUUCAAGUGUUUUCUAGUUCCAUAUCGAAAUUUUCCAUUACGCUGGUAAUUUUUAAUCGAUGAAAUCUCACAAAAGAAGCAAGAAAAGAGCAUUCAGUCUUCCUGCAGUGUCAUUCAAGGUUGGCUUCUUAAUUUGUUUUUGUUUUCACUCCGAGUAACGAUUUCUCAUGCAAUCGAUAACUCGCUUGAUUUUUACUGUAGACUGGCAGUUAAGCCGAAAAAAGUCUGUGUGUCGAGUUUGGGAAAAAUUAGUGGAAUAUUGAAAAUUUCAAAGGUCUCCUCGUGAAAUAAUAUUCAACCAUCAAAAUGCCUGACAGAACCUAUUUUCGCAUUAAUUCGGGUUUCUCUCUACAGUCAAACACAUCGUUUCCCUUGUGAUGUUUAUUUAUAAUUUUGGAAAAUCACUUUCUUCUUUGUUUUCAUUUGUAUUUCGUGUGUCGAUUUAUUUGUUUUCCAUAGCUGUCGUAGCCUGUACAUCGCUGUACUUUGUUAGGCAAAUCCUUGGUUAAAAUUAGCAGCCUGAUCGUGCAAAAUAUCUUUAAAUAAUGUUUAACCUUCUAGCUCUCAUAUAACAUGCUAGUAAGUGUGAUAUGGGUGUGGCCGGCUCCUGCUCCAUAUCAGAUCAAGGGAUAGUGAAUCACGAUAGUUAGACAACUUUGCCUCUGGUAAAAUUUUGAUCCGAUCUCGAGAGAAAAGGACGCUAAUUUUAGUGCGUCUCAAAGCCUCGUUUGUCGUGUUUCUUUCCUUUAAGUCUCGGAUUUUUAAACAUGGGUCUCGGCAGGAGUCUCGCCGUUCACGCCACCUCUAGCUAAAUUAAAUGACCUGAAUCAAAUUAAUAAUCUGGUAUUUCGACAUUUCGGAUUCCGGAAGCCGGAAAAUUUAAGAAGAAGAAGACGCUUUAUUUGUUUACAUUCAAAAUAAAUUACAAAUACAGACCUGCAAAAUAGCAGAGCUAAUCGAGGCAGGUAGUAUGGAGACGUGUCUAAUACAUUAAAUACAAUCUUAUUCUAAUGACAUAAAGAUAUACAAUAAUUACGAAAUUAAAUUUUGCUUUUGGGAUUCGGAAUCCUGCGCUUUGGAAUCCAGAAUACAGCUCAAACCGGAAUCCGGAAUCACUCUAACGAUUGGAAUUCAGGAUCUAAGUUGCACUGACCAAGAAGCCGGCCGGGAUCCAGCACCUGGCUGAUCCGGAAUCCACGGCGUGGAAUCGACUCUCUUGGAUUCCCAUACAUGGGGCAAGCCAUAGGAGUAGCUAUCUUAACGUGUCGUUUUCGUUUUGCUUUAUUUCUUAGCAGGGUGAAAAUAUUGGAAACAAGUUUCUUCUUGAGUAUCCAUGUCCUGCAACAGAACGUUACAAAUUGUUAGUGGUGGGAGAUGAUGGAUGUGGGAAGACGAGUCUGCUCAACGCGCUUGUCAAGAGCGACUUUGAUGUAAGUGUUAGUCUGUUUAAUAUCAAAUUGCGUUUUCUACCCUUCUAAUAGUGGAAUGGAGGGAACGUCGUAUACAGAGUACGUUUUCGCAAUUUAGAAUACCAUUUAGUCAUUCCAACUUCUGCUUCUAUAGAUUCCAGUGAAGAAAGUUUACCGUGGUUAGAGGGGCUAUGUCACUAGGAUAUUCCCGUUUUAGGUCGAUUCUGUGCUGAAGUCGUUACUUUAAUUGCCAUUUACCCAAACACAAAAUGUUCCUGUAGAGUAGGAAGAAGAUAGCAAACAAAUUUCAUCAUAAUUUUUUUGGUGAUCGAAUUUUUUCAUGCAUAGCAAAAAACUUGAAAAAGUUGGCGCAACUUUUUAAAGUUUCAAUCCAUGCCUAUCACUGGCAUCCGUCGCAACAAACGACAGUAAACAGUUUCAAUUCUUGAAUACAAUCUUAAAUAACAAAACUGGGCCAUUGUUUUUGGAAUUUAAUCGAUGCGAAGACACCUAUAAGCUUUUUUUUCAACAGCGUGACAUAGCCUUUUUUACUCAAGUUUAAAAUGACUGUAAACGUCAACGCUAGUGUGACCUUUUUGUAACCAUAGGUACCAACCAGAAAGGUGGGUAUAUUUCUGGUCUAUCUGUAGGAAAACCUUGUAUAUUUUGUGAACAGGAUCCCUUUGAGGCGUUUGAAUGGAAAUAAUUUUUCGAUGACUAUUUAGUCAGCUAACUAGGAGUAAUCAGAGCUUAGGAGAGUGCUUUCGAUAUGUUUGUAAGGCGUAUAGGUAGCAGUUGAGGAGGAAGGGUGAAUAGUUAUAUAUUGCGAUAGAUUAAGCCCGGUUUCCAUAUGAUCGCUACUAUCGCUGAGAGAAAAAAGUUCAGCGAUCGUAACGACAACAAUCGCUGAGAUAGCACUCUUUAUAUCUCAGCGAUCGUUGUCGCUGAGAUCUCUGCGAUCGCUGGAGAGUGGUUUCCAGAUGAUCGCUAUUAUCGCUGCGAUCGCUAAGUUUUUUUCUCAGCGAUCACAGCGAUGGUAGCGAUCAUAUGGAAACCGGGCUUUAAUUUGAUCAUGGCAUAUUUUAAACGUAAGGGUUGCUUACAGCGAAACCUCUAUUUAAACUGUGUAUUAUUAUGAAGAAGCCUUAAGGGCUAGUAAUACACCCAAUAAUGCACAGAUCACCCAACAGAAAUUAGGGGUUGCGUUCUCGUACCUCGAUCGCAGAAAUGCUAUACAACAACUUUAAUUUGAACUGUUUUUAAGUGUAUCAUUGCUCUGUGGUUUCUGAAAUUCAGCACCAAUAAAAAGGUAAGAAAAUUACAAUAAAGUUUUCAUAAAAUUUAACUUACAAAGUAUGCAGCCAACUAAGGAGUUGUAGAAAGUUCCUUUAAGUAGUGUUUACUUUUUGUCCUUUGUAGGCAGAGGAGACGAUAUCUUGCAUUUUUGAUGAGUGUGUGGCGGACGUUAUAACGGAAGGAAGUAGAAUGGAAUUAAUGCUGUGGGAAUUAUCUGGUACGAAAAGUAUCCAUAUUGGCCACCACUAGCCAUCUUCUCAUAACCGUUACUUUCUAGCUCAUUUUCUGAACUGAUCUUGCUCCUCGGCUCAUUUUUCUGGUCAGUUCCUCAUUUUUUGAUAAAUUAUAACCAUUAUAAAUUUUAAAUGACAAAUAUUAAAUAAAUUCUAAAUUAUGAGUUUUAAUUAAUAAUUGGUGUUGCUACAACCAAGAUGAUCACGAACUUGUGAAUUGAAUGAUGAUUGGCGAUAUCAGUUUUAAUCAUACCAAGUUCAUUAAUACAAUGCCUUUUUUAGGCCUUGAAGACUACGAGAGCAUAAGACGAGAGAUGUACAGAGAUUCUGACGUCAUACUGAUAUGUUUUGACAUUGGCCAUCCUCCGUCUUUACAAAGCGUUGUAAGCAAGGUAUUCUUAAAAUUCUGCUGUUGCUGCAGCCUUUAAUUUCCUUGCUUAGGUGCUUAGUCACCUUUUCUUCAUAUCUUACAGUGGAUGCCAGAAAUAAGUAACGCAUGCCCUGGAGUGCCUUACUUACUAAUUGGCUGUAAGAAUGACUUGCGCAGCGAUGCUGCCCUUCAGUAUUAUUUGACUGUACCAGGACAAGAAUCAGAAGAGAACGACAGUGUAACCAGAGCUAAGGUAAGUUUCAAGGAAUCUUACAUACAGCUUACUGUGCUGUCUGGGAACUGAUUUGAGUAAAUGAACAUCUCAUGGGUAAUCCGAAUGUUUCGUUCUUAAGAGGCAAGGCCACAAGCUUUUCUUCAGAUUUGGCAGCUAUGUUGGAGAAUGCCAGCAUGAACUCGACCAGGUUGGUAUACUUGUUGGCUAACACACAGUGUCCUCCAGUCUGUUAAUUAGUAUAUUGUAGAUUUUUAUAAUUUAUUCUCUCUUGUGACGGACGGUUUUUCCACCUUGAAACGAAUUUAAGGCUCAACGGGAACUCGGUGCUUGACUCACGAUAAAACUGGGGAAAACUAGACUCAAAUGGCAGCUCGCUUGCGGGGAAGAGCCGUCACUUCUCCGUAGGACCGGAAUCUGACCACUAACUGGUACAGCAGUAGAUAAAACAGAACUAAACUUGGUUCCAACAGCGUUUACUCUUCAGCGCAUCAAAAAGCAACAACUCGGCAAGGACACGGCGAAAUAAUCGGCGAUGUAAUCGGCGAUGUAAUCGAAAAAUCAGUAAAAGCUAACUUACUUAUAUAUGAUUUUUACAACCAUUGAAGACAAAAGAAUACAAUAGAAAUAUAAACAGAAAUCACUUAGAGUUAAAUGAAAACUAAAUACAAAUUCUAUUUUUAACCUGAAAUCUUUUGUUACUGUUGCUAUUUUAGAAAGUAAAAGUACUGAGACAAAGACCUAGCCAGGUCAGCAAAACAGCGUUUAUGCAAGUUCAGCUAUCGGCUGUUUAAACAGGAAAAGCGCAGACUAAUUGGAAGUUUUCACCUUAAACAAAAUCCGAUCUAUUUUUUAAAAUUACAAGACAGCAAAACCUUUCAUAUUCAAAAUUCGGUUAUCACCUCUCUUUAACUAACAACUUAAUGAAAUAUAUUUUUGCAAAUAAAUAUAACUAAGUUGCAAUUGGUAGUUAAAUCACGAAAAAUAGACUGAAGUCAAAUAAACCAUUAUUAAGAAAUUAAGUAUUCUUUCAAGAGUCAACAUUGACGUAAAAUGCAUAUAAUUGAAAUGAGAACGAGCAAUUACUUUUGUUUGUUAAGGAAAACUGUUGGCUUUUCUAUGAUUAUUACUUAGUGAACACAAACAAAUGAAACAAAGGAAAGUAAAAUGGCACCAGCCUUUUUGCGGGGCUAAGACCUCUUUAUGCAAAUUCAGUAUCUCAGUAUGAAUGACUAAGAACAACGUCAAAGCUAAUAUUUGAAAGCUAUAUAUGAUAUUCGGGCAAAUAAAGAAUUCAUGGAAAAUCUCUCCGUACACUCUCCAAGUUAAACAGUGAUUUUUCUUCUGCGUUUACUCUUGAUUCAAUCUUGUUUAACAGCUUUCCCUUUUGUUUAUAGGCUGUCUCUGUGGCGCAGUCAAUAAUGGCUCGUGAUUAUGUCGAGUGCUGUGCCAAAACGCGGUGGAAUGUGUAUACAGUGUUCAAGAGUGCUGCGGAAGCUAUUUUGCACAAGGAGGACGAAAAAUUAGAAGAGACUAAAUCACAAUCUGUACUUCGGCGGUUUUCGUGGUUUACUCGGAGAUCUUCGGGGUCUGAUAUAACUGACUGUCACACUGUUGCUCGUUCAGUAUCGGGAAAUCGAAGGCUUUCUUUGUUUUCAACCAGUUGACAGAAAAUGCCAAGAGUUCCAUUCUCACAAGGAAGGACUUGUUCGAUCUGUGAUAAUAUGGUGAACCUUGACGCAAGUUUCGUUGCAUGAUUCCUUCUAUUCGUGAAGGUUCGUACGUAAAGAUACUUCAGAAACCACCGCGUACGUAGGGAACAAUUACAAUAUCGUCGAAACUUCGAGAAUGUUUAAUGUAUUGCUUGUUGAAACAUUAGGUGGAAAAAUCAACUCGAUGCACGGAAGGCAUCCAAGGAACAGUAAGGGAACUUACAAUGCCCUUAGUCUUCUCAGUGAGUAAUUGACGGUGCGAAAGAGACAUUCAGAUUAGAACCAUGUUCAAUCUUGUUCCCAGCUUUGUUGGUUUCAUUUAAUUUAGAUGAAGUCAGAAUGAGAAAACCUUAUGAGGCGCAUACACCUUAGGCCCUGUUUACAUGGAGUGGGGGACCCGGUCUAGUGGGGUAAGUUUCUUAUGUUUUGUGCCUCCCAGAGCGUGAA